AUGGCGGUCAUGUGUGUUGCGUCAUGGAUUUUGUGUGUUCUGCUAGCUGCCCGUGGUGGUUUAGGAGCCAUUAGAAAAGACAUUUUCAUAUUGGGUGGACAAAGCAACAUGGCUGGUCGUGGAGGUGUUAAAGGGGGCAAAUGGGACGGUAAUGUUCCACCGGAGUGCAAGUCCAACCCAUUUAUUUUGAGGCUUAAUGGAAGGCUUCAAUGGGAGGAGGCACGUGAGCCUUUGCAUGAGGACAUUGAUGUGGGUAAAACAUGUGGUGUUGGGCCCGGAAUGGCCUUUGCAAACGAGGUUGUCAAAGCAAGUGGUGUUGGGUGUGUGGGUCUUGUCCCCUGUGCUGUGGGGGGAACUAGGAUUGGAGAGUGGAAUAGAGGGUCACGUUUGUACAAUGAUUUGGUGCAACGAUCGAUACACUCCCUGAGGGAUGGUGGUGGCACAAUACGAGCACUUCUUUGGUACCAAGGCGAGAGUGACACGGUGACAGAAGAGGAUGCUGAUGCUUAUAAGCAUAAUAUGGAGACCUUUAUUAGGGACCUUCGCACUGACCUUCAUCUUCCUUCUCUCCUUGUUAUCCAGGUAGCACUUGCAUCAGGAGAAGGCAAGUUUAUAGAGAAGGUUAGACGUGCGCAACUGGGGAUCACACUUCCUAACGUAAAGUGUGUAGAUGCGAAAGGGUUACGCCUCAAGCCAGAUAAACUUCACCUUACUACCAUGUCUGAGGUUCAUUUGGGUAUUCGGUUAGGUCAUGCCUAUCUCUCUUCCAUCACUCACCAAUUUAAUCAUACACAAGUUAGCUAG